AGGCGGCAGCAGCAGAGUCGGAGACUGUUGGAGCUGAGUCGGAGAAGGACCGGCUGAACAGAGAGCAGUCGAGCCGGUGAAAAGAGGGACCGAGCGGGCGGCUGUCUGUGUGCGCGUGCGUGUGUCCCGGGCCGGAUGGGAGCGGCGGCUCCAUGGCGCAGCCGGGCUGUGUGAGGUCGAGAGGCCGAGUGUCGGCGGAGAAGCUGCGCUCCUGGUGGGAAGUGCCGGCCAUCGCUCACUUCUGCUCCCUGUUCCGGGCUGCCUUCUCGUUGCCCGACUUCGAGAUCGAGGAAUUUGAAGAUGCAUUGCUGGUCAGUAACUGGGAUUUCUUGGAGGACCUAGUUUCCAAGCUGCUUCGAGGAUGUUACCAACGCAAAGAUAUUAGCAUAGAGAAUUUCCACGUGUACCUUGAAGACAUCAUACGGCAUAGAUGGGAAAUUGAAGAGGGGAAGGAAAACCCAUUGCAGGGAAUCCAUUUUAGGGCACUUUCUUCCCGAGUAAUUAUAGAAAUUUUGCACAAACUUUGUGAUUAUCGUCUGGAUGCAACAGAUGUGUUUGACCUACUAAAGGGUCUUGAGGCAGACAGCUUAAGAGUAGAGCCCCUCGGCGAGGACAGUGUUGGAGCACGAUACUGGUAUUUUUAUGGCACCAGACUGUACAAAGAACUCCCUCCACCAAAACUACCCAAGGAAACAUCAAAAUCUAAAGCACCAAAGAAUGAUAAUAAGAGAGGAAAAAAUUCUCGAGUCGUGCAUAAAAAUAUUACAACAAAGAGCAAAGAUGAAAAGCAGAAAAAGUGGAAACUUCGUUAUAAUUUAUGUAAAACAAGUGAUAAGUUUGGGAGAGUUGAAAAGGAAAGUGGGAUCAUGGAUGGAACAUCUGAUGAAGAAAGUAAUAUGCAGAAGGAAAACGAUGCUGAUUCUUCAAUGACAAUGCACCUAGAAGAGUGGAAUACUUGGUCUCUUGUGUGUCACACUUUGGAAGAGUGGCAGCAUCUAGCUGAUGGUUUUAAAGAAAGCCAGUGUUCAAAAGAACGGAAGCUAUACAAAAUUUUAGCUGAGAAUUUUAUUCCUGAAAUCAGCAAUCUGAUUAUACAGAAGGAGAAGCAGUUACAGAAGAAAUACGCAGAAAUUGUUCCUCGCAGAGCUUCUGAUCGUCUCCUUGUGAAACGCACUCAGCAGGAAGAACUUCAGAGACAAACCCUACUUGGUCGGCUGGGUGAAAAGGGUGUGAAAGAUGGGUUCUACCUUGCAGCACAAAGGCUGUAUACACCCCAAGAAAUUAAGCGUAUUGAGGAAGAAGGAAAAAUUCUUGCCCAACAAGAACGGGCAAGACGUCGUCAAUUACGAGAAGAGAGACAAAUGUCCUAUGUGAAAAGUACCCUGAAGAGAAAAUGUAAUUCUAAAGCACCUUCUCCGGCUAAACAUGAGGAACCUGUUAAGAAAAGGCCUGAAUUGCAUUAUACAGACGAUGAAGAAUAUGUUUCAAUGUACAAAGUGCUGGAUAAUGUAAAAGGUCACAAAGAUUCCUGGCCUUUUAAUGAACCAGUGGAUGAAUCCUAUGCACCUGGUUACCACAAAAUUAUUGAGGAACCGAUGGAUCUCUCAACUAUUGAAAAUAAGCUAAGCAAAAAGAAGUACAGCAGUAAAUGGGCCUUUGAAUCAGAUUUUAGGCUUAUGUUUGACAACUGUGAACAAUACAAUGGGAAAGGAAAUGAAUACACCCAAAUGGCGCGAGCUGUAGAACGGUGCUUCAACAAAGCAAUGGCCAAGUACUUUCCAAAGGAUGAAGUGGAUAGUGAUGAUGACUUCCAAGCUAAAACGAUGUGGGAGAAGAAAGACAAGCACAAAAGCAAGCUCAAUCACCUGGCGAAUGAUGAAACUGAGAUACUUACCGAAACAACUGAUGUCUCUGGAACGCCAAAAGUCAAUGGUGUUGUAAACAGCCAUCCAGCCACUGAUGUCGCACACAUUAUUGCUGAUUACAGCAAGAAGGAAGAUGCUGAACAACAGCUUUGCAACAAGCUACCUUUGCCAAGUCAAAUGCAAAUUAUAGAAGAGAAGCAAACUUCAGCCAGCAGCCCACUCCCAGGUUCUGAUGUCAUUCAUCAGUCUCCGAUUCCUAGGGUACCAGAACGAAUUGUUAUGGAACCAAUACGGAAGCGAUUUCAGCAGCAAUAUCGGAUGCAGCAACAAAUGUUGGUGAAUGGACCAGUGACACCUGCUUCAGCUGGAUCUGGUUCUACAAAAUUACAAACAGUUAGUCUUUCAUCUGAUGGUCAUGGGGAUGCAACUCCUCAUACUGGUAUGCCAACUGACCCUGUUGGUGUCCAAGCACCAAAACAUUCCCCUGUCUGUAAACCAAAUAGAUCUACAAAUCUGGGCCUUCCACAGACUGAAACAAAAACACUCAGUUCCCACUCAGCCACUGUUGUUCCAAUGACACAUGGAAGCAGAGAAGCAAUUGCACAGCCAAAUAAAUCAAGUGGUGAUUGUCAUGUGGCAGAUUUGAAUCAUACUAAAGGAGCAGAAUGGCCUGGAUACUUGAACCAUUCCAGUCUUCAUCCUCAAGAUAGAUUGCCAGAAGGACAGCCUAAUCCUGUGUCAGUGGAGAACGUAAGUCCUGUUAUGCAGACUCCUCUGACGGCAACAAACAAUUCAGUGAUUGAAACUAGAAGUCCUGUUAAAAAUGAAACUUUACCCAACACAUGUGGAAUUUCUGUGCAAAACAGUGAACUACAUCCAAGUCAGCCUAAUGUGCAAAUGUCAGAUUUUAACCUGGAUAAAUAUCUAAAAAAUCCUCUUGGUCAAACUUCUCAAAGAGCACUUGUUAAAGGUGCACAUCUAGACCAAACUGCCAACAGUGAUUUGUUUUCUACAGAUCAGCAUCAUUUGGUGAACAGAGAGCCUAUUUCUAAUAAAGUAACCCCUCUAAAUGCCUCAGCAGCUAAUCUACUUCAGCAAGACACUACAGGAAAGAGCACAGAAUCAGAGAGACUUGGUGGAAUUUUAGCACUUAAGAAACAGAAAUUAUUUCAAAGCAAUGAAAUUGGAGAAAAAGACUCUGAAGGAUGCAAAUUAAGGGAGGGGCAAAAUUUGUCAAAUAGUUUAACCACUAGUGAAAAGCAGAGCAUGAGAAAUCCCAAAUCGACAGAAAAUCUGAGACUAAAAUUAACAAACUCAGAAACACAUUCAAAUCUGACUAAUUGUAGUGGAGGAACUAUUGGCAAUGUUCAACAUAGAAACCCUGCAGUGCUUGUUGCUCAUCCUGACACAAGGCAUCAAUUUGGACCAGUGCCAGCUUACAUGCACUAUGUGGGAUGUAAUUCCGAGAACCUGGCCUCAGCUCAUUCCUUUGUCCAGCAUGCUCCUCAUCUUAUGGUGGUUCAUCCACUGCAAGGCCAGAGCUCUCAUUUGUACCAGCAUCCGAUGGAGCAGCAACUCUCCUCUCACUUGAACAACAUUGGCUAUCAUGCGCAGCAACCGAUUCAGACCGCUGUAAUGCCUGAUCGGAGUUACCUUGCAGGGCAACCUGGUUUAUACAACCAGUCACCACUCUUAUUCUUAAGAGAGGGCAGUGGGCAGUCACAAGCAAUUCUGAGGGAAAGAACUGACAUAUAUUCUGAGCACCGAAUACCAGAAAGAGAUGAAUGCGACCCUGUGCAUGAAGCUUCAAUACAAAAGCAGAAAAAUGAAGCAUCAGAGAGAAAUGUUGUGGCUUCCAAGAUUGAAAGCAAUGGGGAAGUUAGUACACAUGGUAGACUGCAAGACUAUUUAGAUUUUGAAGGCCAAACUGUAACUAAAAGGCAAAAGGUUAUUCAUUCAGUUUCUGCAGCUUAUAAUACUAGUCAAAUAUCCAGUGGAAUUUAUUCAAAUGAAAUUCCACACCCUGCACUUUAUGCUCAUGCACCAUCUCAUAAUGUACAGAGACUGCCUUAUGGCCAGACAUAUAAUCCACAAUUACUGCGUGUACGUUCAGUAAUAACAUCAACAUCCAACCAUGUGAUACCCCAUCAAGUGAUGAAUCAAGGUCCUUUUGGAAUGCAAUUACUUAGUCAUUCAGACAUGAAACCAAGCCCUUACCCUGGAACUGUAAUUGUACAAAGACCACCAUUCAAUACGAGUGGAGAUCUCUACAUGAUAAGAAACCUGCUGCCUGAUUAUCCAGUUCUCAAACAUAUGGGGAGAAGGGAUCCUGAUACAAUGCCACAACCUCAAGAUAAGACAACACCCACCCCUUGUAUGAACCAGCCCUGAACAAACACUUUGACGCAGCAAGUGAAUGUGGCUCAGGAAACUCAUUUUAAGCACUGAAAAUACUGUUGUAGUAUUACAGCUGACUUAACUGUGAAUUGUAGCCAAGGACCAUUUCUGUAGUUGAAGCUUAAACUCAGGUUUAUAUAAUGUGAAUAGAGAAUUUUCCAUAAUAAGAAUUUGAAAUAAAGUUGUUUGUUACACAUUUAUUUUGACCUGAAAAUGUUUUGUAAACUGCCUUAAAAAGUAUGUAAAUUGUAUAUAAAGUUUGCAUCACCUUGCUUUCAAAUUUGAGAAAAUCAUAACAGAAAAGAAAAUAAGUUUUAAUUUAUUAAUUGUAUAUGCUGUUCAUUCCAACGAUUAUAGGUAUCAUUGCCACUAGAAAGCAAAAUGAGGAUAAAGGUGUGUUUGAACACUUCGUGACAUUGGCAAACAGCUGCUAAACUGUGACAUUAGGUUUUUUUCUUGCGUUUACUUUUUAAGUAUAUGGAUUCAAAAAUGGUUUACAAUUAGUGUUGUACUCAAUGUACUUUAUUACCUUGUAAGCUGUGAAGCUGCAUUUGGAAUGCUUUUUGCAGAACAGACCUUUUGAAAAGGUGGCCUUUCAUUCUCAAUUUGCCUAGCUAGGAAUAUUAAUUAAUUGUAGGGGUAUAUGAAUUCUAUUUUGUUAUUUAUAUAUUAAAUGUUUUAAAAAAUCUGAGGAAUACACACGGCUAAUGUAAAAAAAGAAUGUUUUUGCAAAUUUUAGAGUACUGCUGUCUGUCUGUCUACCAGCUGCAUUGUUUAUAUAGCUCUUCUCAGGAAUAAAUAAAACUAUUUGUGUA